AUGGAGGAGAUUAGAAGGCUUGUUUGGGAUGGGACGCUCAAUAUUGAGAUCACAGUCGACGCUGAUUUGGUUCUGGCCGAUGCUGCGGAAAGCUCGCGACGAGUUUUCCUGAAAGUUCCCCGAGACAUGUAUUUGGUGAUAUAUUUGCCAUUUAUCGUGGCAAGAAUACAAGAUAUUUUAAAAAUUGACUUGAAUGACGUUUAUCAAGGAUGGUGGUUUCACUUUGGCGGUACUGCUUUGGAUUGGACUCAGCCAAUUGGCGUUUUGUAUGAUAGUUUGCAUAAUCAUCGAGAAUCGAUGAUGGGGCUAGGGGACUCCGGGAGAAGAGUUGAGAUUUGGAAACUGAGAUUAAAUCACAGCCACCAGUAUCCCAGCGGGAUUAUACCUAUUAUAAAUGGACUCAGGCAAAUUAGACACUAUUGGAUGCACCAAUGGAAACAAGCGUGUUUCAUUUCAAAUGGAUCGUCUAAACAUAUCAUGUCGCUUUCGAAGCAAGAAGCCCUGGACUUUUGGGACAGCAUUUUGCUUCGAGACCGAAAGCUAUUCAGAAGUAUAUGCGAUAAAAUCAUCGCUAGCUCACAGCCCGUAAAGAGAAUUCCAGUGAAAAUUCAUUUGGUGGUCGGAGGGAUCAGAAAGGUUAAAGACGCCGCCGCAGAAGGGCCUCUUUCGGCCCAAUAUACUCUCGGCGAAUUUAUAGGGCAACAAUUUCCGGAAUAUUUUCCUCUUGAAAGUGCUGCAGGAGGUCAAACUGAGAUUUUGAUGCAAGGAAUACGACCAUCAUUGGAUUUACCUUUGGACCAGGUUUACUUCAAAUUGGCCAGCUUCGACGGUUUUUUACACGUCCUUGUCAAAGUAGCACCUAGCCAAGCCUGUGAUGACAUGAAUAAAAUAACGUCUAAAAAUAUAUGCUAG